AUGACCACCACUAGUCCAUUAUUUGAUAUUAAUGCAUUAGAUGCGGAACAUCAAAACAAAUUUCACACUGUUUACAAUGAAUUAAAACCGAAUCAUACAUCUUAUCUUCAAUAUAAACUUAAUUUACAGCUGAAGAAUAAGGUGAAUACGGAAGAAGAGGAGAAUGAAUGGUGUUAUGAAUUGCAUAGAUUUCUUCGUGCUAGAAAAUGGAAUGUAACUCAUACCAUAAAAUCUAUUCGAGAAAUGAUACAAUGGCGAAUAGAAAAUCAUGUUGAUUUGAUUCUUGAAGAUCAACCCAUGAUACUUCGAAUGCAUAUCAUUCGAAAAAUGGCUCCGAGCGCUCAUCAUGGCUAUACGAAAGCUGGUCAACCAUUGUUUAUCGAAAAAUUCGGUCUAGUACAUGUGGAUAAGUUAUUCAAUCGAUUUACAUCAGAGGAAUUAAUCCAAUGUCAUAUCUAUUGGCUUGAAUUCUGUUGUCAGCGAGCAAGAGAACGUAGUCGACAACUAGAAAAACAUGUGGAAAAUUUUGCUACGAUUUAUGAUUUACAUGCCUGUAAACUAGAGUUAACAAAAUUUCUUCAUGUAUUUAAACAAUCCGUUCACAUUGACGACAACUAUUAUCCCGAACGUCUAGGACAAAUGUUUCUUAUAAAUCCACCAAUGAUUUUUCCCAUUCUUUGGGAUUUAGCGAAAUAUUGGCUUGAUCCUGUAACCAAAACAAAAAUUCAUGUCAUUAAAAAGGGUCCCGAAACAUCAACAGCAUUAUUACAACAUAUUGAUUCUGAUCAAUUGCCUCAUGAAUAUGGUGGAACCUGUCAUUCAUGUCCAACUGCCCCGAAUUGUAUUCCUGUGUAUGAAUGGAAUAAAGACGUUGCCGAUGAUAAACAGGAAGAACAGUUAACUCGUCCCAUUAGGCAAUUAAACGACGAAGGACUGAAUAUAGAAGAGAUAGACAUAGACUGA